GGUCAGUUGCUACCGUGUGAUCCAUCCGGAUUCCGGGAUUAGCAACUCUAGCAUAACUGUGGUGGCAGCCCUCUUAAUUAUUUAUAGAUGACUGACCCCGGGUUUUCAUUCGCAGUUUUUAAGAUCGACAGGAGUCUUAGUCUCAACAGUAAGACGGCAUUAUCAAGCUUCCAAAAUGAGAUACUCUUUAGUAGCGGCUGCCAUUGCCAGUGCCAGCUUGUCGAGCGCACACACAAUCUUCGUUCAACUCGAGGCAAACGGUGUGACGAAUCCGGUGUCUUACGGAAUAAGAACGCCGUCUUACGAUGGCCCUAUCAGCGAUGUGACAUCCAACGAUGUUGCUUGCAACGGCGGUCCUAACCCGACCACGCCCUCUGACAAGAUCAUCGACGUCAAAGCUGGUUCCACAGUCAAUGCUAUCUGGAGGCACACGUUAACAUCUGGCCCCAGUGAUGUGAUGGACGCGAGCCAUCUGGGACCUACACUCGCCUACCUCAAGAAAGUCGACGAUGCGACGACUGACAAAGGAUACGGCGAUGGCUGGUUCAAGAUUCAGGAAGAUGGUUAUAGCAACGGGGUGUGGGGUACCUCGAAUGUUAUCAAUAACGAGGGAAAGCAACCGAUCACGAUCCCGGACUGUCUGCCAGAUGGUCAAUACCUCCUCCGUGCUGAGAUGAUUGCUCUUCACGCCGCUGGAUCCAGUCAGGGCGUCCAGCUGUACAUGGAAUGCGCACAGAUCAAUAUCUCAGGAGGUUCAGCCACCAAGACUCCCACAACCUAUAGCCUCCCCGGCAUUUACAAGCAGGAUGAUCCGGGCCUCCUCAUCAACAUCUACUCCAUGGACAAAAAUAGCCAAUACAUCAUCCCUGGCCCCGAUCCUUUCACUUGCUCGGCAGCUAGCUCUGGCGGGGACUCCCAAACCACACCGAAGUUACCUGCUUCCACAACACUAGCAACCUCCACCAAGACCGCAGCACCCACGACACCUACCUCUCCUUCGGGAUGUACUGUUGCGCAGUGGGCUCAAUGCGGUGGCUCUGGCUUCACGGGAUGCAGCACUUGCGCCAGUGGGUACACUUGCAAGAAACAGAACGAGUACUACUACCAGUGCGCGUAAAACAUUUUUAGAUACAAGGUUUAGAAUAGUAAUACGAAGUAUUAAUAUGCAGCUACUGCUACAUUUGCUUAU